UCUAUAAUCAGAUGUUUAUCGCAUCUUCCUUCGUAUCUGUCACGUUGUUAACAACAUUUGGAAUAAAUGUCGCAUUUUUGAUUGUAAUUAUGUUUAUAAACUGGCAUUUCGAAUAGAAAUGACACUUUCGAGCAGCGACGUUACUCUCGCGCAUCAAUUAUCAAGGUUUUUUCGACAAAAUGAAAAAGAAAUUCUUUGUGGAAGAAAGAAAUUAUCGUUGACUUCAUCAGUUUUAUGCACUUUGAAUAGGAUUUUUGCAAGCGCUAACCAUUGCAGUGAUAAUAGUUGUGAUUUAAUAAAAAAUGUACUAUUUCUUAAGAGCAUUGUUAAUAAUGCCAUUGCUCUAAAGAUUUUAAAUAAUGCUGAAACCGUCCAGGGUGGAAUUAACCUGUCAGCAUUCCAUAUGCUAUGGUUGUUAGAAUUGAAAAAAAUUCCCAUUCAUCUUCUUUUAGGUAUCGCUCAACUGCAGAAGCAACUUGAAAUUUUAAUAUGCAGUGGUAGUGUGUUUCAUUUGGAGGCAUUUACAGUUAAUGGAACUUGUUCCAAUUGGGUGGCACUCAGACAUCUCGAUUUAUCUCACAAUUAUCUCGAGAAAAUAGACGAAUUCAUUAAAUUAUUUCCAAAUUUGGAAACUUUGAAUGUAAGCCAUAAUAAAUUAAGAGUAACCAAUGGACUUCAGCAUCUUCAUAAAUUAAAUGCCGUGAAUCUCGGCUACAAUCUUUUGGAAAGUCUCCCAGUAUUCUACUACGAGGUAUUUGACUCCCUAAAGAAACUUUGUCUCAGGAAUAAUAAGAUUGAAGACUUGGGUGGUUUGGAAUAUCUUCGAAAUUUAGAAGAUUUAGAUUUAAGUUAUAACUGUUUAUCUGAACCUUCUCUUCUUCGCCCGUUAAACAAAUUACCUUAUUUAAAAGUGGUAAGUAUUGUAUAUACUAUUAUGAUUUUCUAAAGCAUAUAGUUAUUUUCUUGUAUAUAUUUUCUUAAUAAAUAUUUACUUUGCUAAUUAUUUUGUAAUUACUUUAACAUAUAUGCAUUUACACACUUAUGUAUGUGUAUUACUCGUACAGUAAAAAUGCAAGUAUAGUAGAGUGUCGUUUAUCCGAAUCAAUU